GUGAGGGACCUCCAUUGACCAAUUGAUCGGAUUCAUUGGUAUUUUCUGUGAUGACCUAUGACCUAAUUUGAUCUCUAGAGGAGGGAGACAAAUGCAGGAAAAGGAUGUGCCACCAAUUGCAACCCUUCCUGCCCUACUUAAGGCACCAUUUUCCUACUUCCCCAACCAUUCAAGUGCUGCUAACCAUGGCCUCAUGUCUCAUCCUCCUAUGGCUACUCGCUCUUCCUCUCCACUUGGCUUGUGGAGAGGCCAAAGCUUCAGAAGUGCAUACGUUUUGGGUUCGUGACUUGCUCCCCAACUCAAUCUGCUCUGCUUCCCCAAAAGGUUAUAGUUCUUCGAGGUUGCAAGUCGUCCACGGGCACGGGCCGUGCUCGCCGUUGACCGAUGACCAGAAGCUGAGUCACCGUGAAGUCCUGGACGGAGACCGGGAACGAGUCUUGUCGAUCCAGCGACAGAUGUCUGCGGCGACGGCCCCGGUUGAUGUUGAAAAAUUAGGCAGGGGGUCGCCGCCGGUGAAUAUCCCCGCGCGCACCGGCAGCUCGCUUGGCACCGGGAACUAUGUCGUCACGGUGGGCUUCGGCACCCCUGGGAGAAAAUUUUCGGUCAUCUUCGACACCGGCAGUGAUUUGUCGUGGAUCCAGUGCGCGCCGUGCAACGACUGCUACGCGCAGGAGGAGCCGGUGUUCGACCCGGAGGCAUCCUCUACCUACGCCGCCUUCCUCUGCAACUCCACCGACUGCGGCCGGCUCUACUCCAACUCCUGCUCCACCGACAACCGGUGCCGGUACAGCGUGCAGUACGGCGACCAAUCGGAGACGGAGGGCACCUUCGGCCGCGACGUGCUCACGCUGUCCCCCAGCUCCGCGCUCCCGGGCUUCCUGUUCGGGUGCGGCGAAGCCAACCGCGGCCUCUUCGGCCGAGCAGCGGGGCUCCUCGGCCUCGGCCGCGGCAGCGUCUCGCUGGCGUUGCAGGCGGCGAGGAAGUACGGCGCAGUAUUCUCCUACUGCCUGCCGUCGCGAUCAAGCGAGACGGGGUACCUCACGAUCGGACGGGGCAUUUCGUCGAACGUCUCGUACACGCGGAUGAGGUCGGUGCCGGGUUUGCUCUCUUUCUACUUCGCGGAUCUGGUGGCGAUUAAGGUGGGGGGAAAACAGCUGUCGAUCCAGAAGGCGGUGUUCCGGAAAGCGGGGACGCUGAUUGACUCGGGGACCGUGAUCACGCGGCUGCCACCGGCGGCGUACGCGGCGCUGAGGACGGCGUUCCGGGGGCAGAUGGGGCAGUACGAGGCGGCGCCGGCGCUAUCGAUACUGGACACCUGCUACAACUUCACGGGGUACGAGAGAGUGUCGGUGCCGACGGUGGCGCUGGUGUUCGCGAGCAGGACGGAGGUGCAGAUGGCCUUCAGUGGGAUACUGUACGUGGCGAGCGCGGCGCAAGCGUGUCUGGCUUUCGCCGGAAACGAGAUGGCAGAGGACGUGGCAAUCGUCGGAAACAUGCAGCAGAAGACAUACACCGUCGUCUACGACGUCGCCGGAAAGAAAAUCGGAUUCGGCGCCCAAGCUUGUGGGUAAAGAUAAAACAUAGUUUUAUGAUACAAACAAAAAUGGCAUUUGAUUUAUUUGAGGGGGCCAAUUUUAAUCGAAUGGGCGAUAAUGUCCAACUAUUUUAA